AUGUCUGGACUUAUUGAAGGUCUUCCGGACGCUGUCGUCAUCAGGUGCCUUGCACGGGUUCCCUUCUAUGUUCAUCCCAAGUUAGAGCUUGUUUCACGUUCCUGGCGAGCUGCCAUUCGUAGCACCGAACUUUUCAAAGCCCGACAGGAGAUCAAAUCAACUGAGGAAUUCAUAUGCGUGUGCGCAUAUGACCCUGACAAUUUGUGGCAGCUUUAUGAUCCUCGUCAUGACCUCUGGAUUACUCUCCCAGUUCUCCCCUCAAAUAUUAGGCACCUCGCCCACUUCGGUGUCGUCUCUACAGCAGGAAAACUCUUUGUGCUAGGUGGUGGAAGUGAUGCCAUGGAUCCUUUGACCGGUGACCAGGAUGGAAGUUUUGCAACUGACGAGGUCUGGUCAUAUGACCCUGUAAAUCGGCAAUGGCAACCCCGGGCAUCCAUGAUCGUCCCUCGUGCCAUGUUUGCAUGUUGUGUGUUGGAUGGAAAGAUAGUGGUUGCCGGUGGCUUUACUAACUGCCGGAAAUCAAUCUCUAAAACAGAAGUCUACGAUCCGGAGAAGGACUUAUGGGUUUCAAUACCGGAUCUCCACCGCACUCACAAUUCUGCUUGUACGGGAGUUGUCAUUCAAGGUAAGGUUCACGUCUUACACAAAGGUCUAUCGACUGUCCAAGUUUUGGACAAUAUUAAGCAGGAGUGGACAGUUUAUGACUACGGUUGGCUCCAGGGUCCCAUGGCAGUUGUCAAGGGGAAGCUGUACGUGAUGAGUCAUGGGCAGAUUUACAAGCAGGAGACAGAAUCGAGUAAGCUGGUUGUCUCAGCAUCUGAGUUCCGUAGGAAGAUUGGUUUCGCGAUGAUUGGACUGGGAGACAAUAUUUAUAUCAUUGGAGGGGUUAUUGGGCCGGACAGGUUAUAUUGGGAUAUAAAAGAUACGUCUGAUGUUGAUGUUCUGUCGCUUGGAAAUGAGAGACCAGUUUGGCGCCUCGUGUCUCCUAUGACACAGUGCGGGGGAACUGUCCUAGGUUGUACUCAGCUGAGGAUUUAG